AUGAGCAUCAAGGACAAUUCUCGCGCGGGAAUCAGGGCAUGCGGAGCCUGCAAGUUCUUACGGAAGAAAUGCGUGGAGGACUGCAUAUUCGCACCUUACUUUAAUUCUGGUGAAGGAACCGUCAAUUUUGCGGCUGUUCAUAAGGUUUUUGGAGCGAGCAACGUUACAAAGCUUUUAACAAUUAUCCCAAUCCACAAACGACUCGACACCGUUUUAACUUUAAAUUACGAGGCUCAUGCUCGCCUCCGAGAUCCUAUUUAUGGUUGCGUAUCUCAGAUCCGUGAUCUCCAAAAUCAGGUGAUCAAUCUACAAUCGGAGAUUUCGUGCUUGCAAGCCCAUCUAGCCAGGCAGCCGCCACCUCAGCAGCCACCUCAGCAACAACCGCCAUCUUCUCUGUCCAUGUCGGACUUCCCUUCUGCUGAUGCUGGCACCUAUGACAUGUCAGCAGCCAAUUCAUGGGCAGUAAAUCUGCAGCAAUUCCAUGAACAAAACACUUUCGCCGGAGCUCCGGAUGGCGGCGAGGUUGGGGAAGAGUUUGCUAGGGACUCACUGAUGAGGUAUCAAAGAGCUGCUCCAAGCAUGCCACCUGGCCCUAAUUCUUAA